AUGGUCGAGGGUGCCGAGAGCGAAGACCAUGAGAUCCCCACCAGCGUGUUUGUCAAGGACUCCCUCAGGACCCCCCAACCAAGCCAGUAUGAUGCAGACUCCAUCCUUCCUGCUCCGUCUGUUACCGGCUCUAUUGAUGGCAGCCGUGCCAAUGAUGAAGGUCUUCUGACCAUCAGCCUCUCCUCAGACGACGAUGAUCUUACAAUACACCAUGAGGAGGACGAGAUGUUUGAGGGCGACGCCGCGAUGGGCCUGGGCCCUUCCAGCCCGUAUGAGAGAAGGUCUGACAAGUUCAAGCGCAACAGCCUGAAGAAGGUGGACAGCCUCAAGAAGGUGUUCUCGCGUCAGAGCAUCGAGAAAAAGAUGACCCAGAUCACCACAAGAAUCGUGCCUCCGGAGCAGCGUGAGAAAAUAAAAAAGAGCUUCACCACUAACCAUCCCAAGAGCCCGACUGCCAAGGUGUCCUCUUUCAAGGUAUCCCCCAUGACCUUUAACGUCAAGAAGGUCCGAGACGGGGCGGUCCCCACACAAGAAUUGGGCUCGACUGAGGAAAAGGUACAUGUGGAGAUUCCUGCUCUGGGAAGCAUGGAUGGAGAGUUUGUCCUGUCGGAGGAGCACAUCCGGGAAGGCGUGGUGGAGCAGAUCCACGAGAUGCUCGGCUCCACCUCCAGCAUCAAGGCACAGCUGGCAAUCAAUGGAGAGGCACCAAGCUUUGAGUGCGAGAUCAAUGGUGAUCAUGUCGCUGGCCUGGCAGUCGCAGAGGUUGAUGAUGGCGAGGAUGGAGAAGAGGAGGAAGAAGAGAAACAAAAAAACCCUGUUGAGAAAGCAGAAGAAACGCAGAUUCCCACAGCAACAGUUGCUGUAGAGCAAGUCGCUUGAUUGCCAUUAUAUAUAUUUUCUUGCACAAGUUUCUACAUUUAUGAUUACCCAGCAGGCACAAAUCAUCCCUCCACUGUAAAUAGUCUUAUGUUCUUGUUAUUAACACCUGUAAACACUAGAAAUAUACUCUUGGCAUCCUAAAGUAGUCCAUACUUGGACCAUCAACCCUAACCCUAACCCCUUACCACUACCUUAUUACAAGCUUAGUCUAAAAUACCUUGAAACCGACUGUUUAAGCAACUAGGUUAACACAUACACCUACAGUGUGUCCGAAUGAAAGUGCUUCCUAAACCCUGUGGGAGGGUUGUCCAAAGAAAGCACCAACGCACCAGUGUACUAUAACUCACUCCCCUUAAAAGGUGCCCACCUCCUCAAUAGCAGCACAUCUCCAGGGCACUGGGCCAACUAUCUCCAUCCUGCUCUGUUUGUCUGCCUCUGACGACCAGCCUCUUCAUUCUUUUUUUGUUUUUGUAAAAACAGUAAAUCUUCGGCUGUAGCGGUAAUGCCCACAGAAUGUUGAGGCGGUGUGUUGCCAGGUUGUGGAAGCGUUGGAAUGAGAAAUGUCAGGGUUUUCAGUGAGAAGGUUCAGGGGUGUUUUGUUGUGGACUAGAGGUUGUUUACUAAAAUCUUUGGAGCUAUGUAAAAAUAUUUAACUAACAGUUGAACUUUAUUAAGUUGAUUGGCGCUGUCUUGUAUCCUGUCCUUCACUUGCGCCCGUAGAAACACUUGCAUAGUGCAAUCCAAUUGGUCAAUUUCACCUUUAUCAUUUAUGUUCUACCUAACUUACCACGGGAGGUGCAUGUAGGGCUUUAAAGUAUUUGAUUAAUUUGCGAUUGCCAAUUGAGUAUCCUCCAGGUUUAAGAAAAAUAGAUGGCAUUUGAAAAAGUCUAAAUGUUUAUGCAAAUCAUGCCAAUCAUUAGCCUAAAAAAGCUAAAGGACAAACGCAUUUACUAAUAAGCGCUCCCACAAUUGUGCUAAAUUACACUGGUACAACGAAGGACAUCGUUGCAGGA